CUCAAAUUCUGUAAACAAUCUGGUUGUAAAACUAAACUAUAAUAUAAGUAUUAAUUUAAAAUGGCAGUUUCAAAGAAAAGUAACAUAACAGAAGAUGAACUAUUCUGUGAUGCAGAAGAAGGUAUCAUUAAUCUUGAAAAUCUCAACAUAGAGAAUGAAAACUAUUAUAUUGAAAAUGAAGAAUAUUCUGAUUAUGACUACGAAGACGACGACGAUGUAUAUUACUUGCCGUGUAAAAGCCAGCAUAGUAAACAAGUCUCCGAUGAUAAUUUGAAAAACACUUCAUUUCAAGGCAAUGAAAACUUGUUCCAGAAAUAUAUCAACAAGAUCAACGUAGAAAAAUUUGAUCUAAGUGCUUUACCACAACACACUACUAACUUACUAAAAGAGAACCAAAAACGCUUGGAAAAUGAUAGAAAUCGUAUCAAAGACAAACGAGAUAGAGCCACUGCAGAGCAAGUAAUGGACCCUAGAACAAGAAUGAUAUUAUUUAAACUCUUAAGAAGAAAUGUAAUAUCUGAAAUAAAUGGUUGUAUAUCCACGGGGAAAGAGGCAAAUGUGUAUCAUGCAACUGCGAAAGAUGGUCAAGAAUAUGCUAUUAAAAUCUACAAAACGUCUAUAUUAGUCUUUAAAGACAGGGACAAGUAUGUUAGUGGGGAAUUUAGAUUUAGACAUGGGUACUGCAGGCAUAAUCCUAGAAAAAUGGUGCAAACAUGGGCAGAAAAAGAAAUGAGGAAUCUUGUAAGGAUGCAUUCAAAUGGUCUUCUUGUACCCGAACCUAUUUUGCUACGUUUACAUGUGCUUUUAAUGAAAUUUAUCGGUAAAAAUGGCUGGCCAGCCCCUAAAUUGAAGGAUGUAGAACUUAGUGAGUCAAAAGCAAGACAACUUUACAGAGACGUAGUUAUAAUAAUGUGGAAAAUGUACAAUAAAUGCAAGUUAGUCCAUGCAGAUCUUUCAGAGUUCAAUAUGCUCUAUCAAGACGGUCAAAUUUACAUUAUCGAUGUUUCACAGUCAGUUGAACACGAUCAUCCGCAUGCUUUAGAAUUUCUGAGGAAGGACUGUACUAAUAUCACCGAAUACUUUAAGAAGAAGGAUGUAGCAACUAUGGGUAUCAAACAAUUGUUUGAUUUUAUUACCGAUCCAAGUAUUAAUGACGACAAUAUGGAGCAGUGUCUGGAUAUGUUGGCAGAACAGGCAGCUGAGAGAGGCGACAUUACAGCUACAGAACAGAUUGAAGAAGAAGUUUUCAAACAAGCCUACAUUCCGAAACGACUCACCGAAGUCAUUGAUUUCGAGAGAGACAUCAACCAAGCCAAAUCGGGAAUUGCCGACAAUCUUGUAUACAAAACUCUCGUGGGAUUAAAAUCCGAUCUCAGCGGUACUGUGCAGCAACCAGAAAUACUCGACAAUGAUGAUGAUUAUGGAGAAAGUGGAAGUAACGAAGAGGAAUCUUCGGAAGAGGAUGAGGAAGAAAGUAAAUUUAAAGACGCUUCCAGGCCAAAAUUUGAAACUUUGGAAGAAAAAAAAGCGAGGAAAAAGGCAGUUAAGGAUGCACAAGCAGAAAAGAGGAAAAUUAAAGUGAAGAAGCAUGUGAAAAAGAGGAAGGAAAAAAUUCACAGAAAAUAGUUGGCAAUCGUUUUUUUUUUAAUUUAUUGUACAUACAUAAAAAAUAUAGGGUGGAAAGUUAUUUUUAUUUUAUUAAAUCUUUUUGUUUCAA